ACUCACCUCCACCUCCCUCUCUCUCCGUGUUACCCAGGGUUCGCCUUCCCGGAGUGGGCCUACAAGCCCGAGUCCAGCCCGGGCUCCAGACAGAUCCAGCUGUGGCACUUCAUCCUGGAGCUGCUGAGGAAGGAGGAGUACCACGAGGUGAUCGCCUGGCAGGGCGACUACGGGGAGUUCGUCAUCAAGGACCCCGACGAGGUGGCACGCCUGUGGGGGGCGCGCAAGUGCAAACCCCAGAUGAACUACGACAAGCUGAGCCGUGCACUGAGGUAUUACUACAACAAGAGGAUCCUCCAUAAGACCAAGGGGAAACGCUUCACCUACAAGUUCAACUUCAACAAGCUGGUCCUGGUGAACUACCCCUUCAUCGACAUGGGCUCUGGACGCGUCCCCCAGAGCGCCCCGCCCAUCACCAGCGGCGGCUCCCACUUCCGCUUCCCGCCCUCCACGCCGUCGGAGGUGCUCUCCCCCAGCGAGGACCUCCGCAGCCCGGGGGUGUUCAGCGGCGUGGCCCGGCGCAUGGCGCGGGGCUCCGUCAGCGACUGCAGCGACGGCACCUCCACCAACUCGGAGCUGGAGGAGACGGUGGGGGGCGGUGGCGGUGGGGCCCCCGGCGACGACCGGGGCCUGGGGGGGCCCGACCGCUCCUUCAGGGGCCUCCUGCCGCCGCGCAUGACCCACGAGUCCCUGUUCCGCAUGUACGGCUCCGGGGCGCACCUGGCCAGGCCCACCCCGCGGGUCCACUCGGAGCAGCUGUCCCCCUUCCCCGUGUCCCCGCUGCCCGGCCCCGGGGGCCACCUGGGCCCCGCACUCUCCCCGGGUCUGUCCAUGACGCCGGGCUCCCACCUGCCCUACACCCCGUCCCCCUCCAUGUCCUCCCCCAUGCUGGGCUCCCACUUCUCCUUCAACGCGGACGACAUGAAGCGCUACCUGCAGGCCCACGCCCAGUCGGUGUACAACUACCACCUGAGCCCCCGCGCCUUCCUGCACUACCCAAACAUCCUGAUCCCCCAGCCGCACCGGCCCGCGCCGCCGCCGCCCCCGCCGCCGCCGCCGCAGCCGCAGCCCGCCCACGACAAGCCCCCCGCCCACCACCUGCUGCACGCCCCCCCGCCGCCGCCCAUGCACCUCUCCCAUUCGCUGGCGGGGUCCCUGGGGGCGGGGCUGGACGACCAGCAGCAUCCCUCCCCCUUCAAGUUCAAGCUGCAGCCGCCGCCGCUCGGACGCAAGCAGCGGGACGGGGGCUGCUCCUCCUCCUCCUCCGCCCACGGCCAAUCGGCGGCCUCCGCGGGCUCCGGCAUGCACUCUAACCACGCUGCCAUGGCGACGCCCAAGAUCAAGGUGGAGCCCAUCUCCGACAACGAGUCCGAGGAGGUGGAGGUGACCGACAUCAGCGAGGAGGACGAGCAGAUGAAUCACCACGGCGACGGCGACGGCGACGACGACGACGACUACGGCGACGAUGACGAGGGCGACGUGUUCACCCCGACCAGCCGGCCCAAGCUCCUCCCCCACCACCAGCACCACCAGCACCCCCACCACCACCACGCCCUCCACCGCUACAUCCCCGGCCACCUGCAGCUCGGCAACGGGACCGCCGGCCGGCCCCCGCCUCCGCUCCAUAGCAACAAGCCGCCGCAGCAUCAGCACCACCCCCACCACCACCCGGAGGACGACGAGGACGACGAGGACGUCUUCAAGACCCCGGCCACGCCCCCUCUGAGCGCGGGCCUCCCGCCCCUCCCCCUGCUGAGCCUGAAGAGCGAGCCGGGUCAGGGGUCGGCUCCCAUCAGCCCCGGCGGCACGCUGUGCAUCCCCCUCAAGCUGCGCUUCAAGCGGCGCUGGAGCGAGGACCAGAAGAUGGAGGCGGACGGCGAGAGGGAGGAGGCGGAGGACAAGAAGGUGCGGAGCGCCGAGCAAGAGGACGGGGAGGUGGCCAGAGGAGCAGCAGCAGCAGUAGGAGGAGCAGGGGGGGGGGUGGAGGGCCUGGGGGUGGCCCCACCCACCCAGCGUCGCUCCUCCUCCGAGCUGCAGAGGGCCACCGCCCAGCUGUCCCUGGAGAACUCCGGCUGCUGAGACAUGCGCGCACGGUCACGCACGCACACACACAUACAUGCCCAGGCAGCUUCCCACCGACGCCUUAACGCAUGAGAACACACACCUGCGAGACCAGACCCUCAUGAGUGUGUGAACCUGUGUGUGUGUGUGUGUGUGUGUGUGUGUGUGUGUGUGUGUGGGGGGGAGGGGGGGCCUUCAGCACCUCCACACAUCCAACAUGAACACGGCAGAAUGUGUCCCUGCUUCGACCUUCUAACACUAAAGACUGAACCUCUACUCAGCCUCAAACUCACCCAGUGGGGGCCCCCCAUUCUGGGCCCCUGUUCUACCAAGAGCCCCCUCGAUGCGGCCCCCAGAUGUUUGAACUCACACAACACAAGUCCAUGUUUCUCUGCAGGUUCGAGAAGAGGGCUUGGAGUCCAGCUGUGUUGGCCGGUCAGGAUGAUAAGCAUCCGGGUCCACUUACCCCUUCACCUGUCCUUAACGCGUUUCACCUGUCCUUAACGAGCUCACCUGUCCCUAACGAGUCCCUCUAAUCAAGCUGCCUGAUUGGAUGUGGCUAAUCGGAGCAGCGUCCGAUCCACCAGCAGCGUGAUGUGAUGAAAUAUAAAUGAAUUACACAAAAUGGAGAAGGGAUGCCUCUAGGCCACACCCACAAACGCCACCCCUCCCCGACAAGAUGGAGGACGCUUCAACAACACAAUUAUAAACAGUCAAUGAAAUUGGAUCACAUGACCAGUCUGGUUCCGACAAGGCGAUCAGUGUCUUACUCUGAAAGGAACAAACCAAUCACAGCCUUCAAACCUAAUGAACGGAACUAGCCAAUCACAGCCUUCAAACCUAAUGACCGGAACUAGCCAAUCACAGCCUUCGAACAAGGGACUGCAUCAAGGCAGCCUCACCCCCACCCCCCCCCCCCCCCACACGUCUGGCGGACGUUAAACCAAUCAGAACAGCAGACGGUCAGUCGCUCCCGGGCCAGGUAAGGCCUCUGAUUGGACACCAUGUUAGGCUUCUCCCUCCCCACGGUUCGAGGACGCUGAUUGGUAGAGAGCGCCGUACGGAACCCUGUAAUUAUGUACACUUUCUCCUUUUCAACCAAUGGGCUUUGAGAGAACUGCGGGGGACCGGCCAAUGGGAGGGAAUGAGGGAGUCGGGAGGAGGAGCUGAGGCAUUGGUUGACUCCUCCUCCUCCUGAAGAGAAAACAGUUUAUAUAUACAAGCAGAAGUGGUGUAUCUGUAUGUGCUGUGUGUCUCAGUGUUCUCCAAGGACAGUAGUGCCUCGUGCAGAGAGAGUGAGGGAGAGAGAGAGUGAGGGAGGGAGAGAGAGAGAGAGAGUGAGGGAGAGAGAGUGAGGGAGGGAGAGAGAGAGAGAGGGA